CCUUAUGUGGUAUAUCAAGUGUGGACAGGGCUUCCAUAGACUCAUCAGCAUCACAAACGGCUCACAGGAGAGGAAACUGAUCGGGGGACUUUCAACACUGCUGGAGAGAAUGGCAGAGACUCUAGGGGACAAAGUCCUGCUGUCACAUCCUGUCAAUCGUAUUGAACAGAGAGAAAGUAUUGCCAGGGUCUAUUGCGAGAAUGGAGAAAUGUAUGAGGGUAAACAUGUGAUCAGCAGUAUACCUCAAGCGCUACUAAAUAGAGUGAGAUUUGUUCCACCGCUGCCACCAAUGAAACUACAAUUAAUACAAAGGAUCCCAAUGGGUUCAAUAAUAAAAACCAUGAUGUUCUACAAAACAGCAUUCUGGAGAGACAUGAAUCUAAGUGGCCAGGCUGUAAGUCAUGAUGGGCCAGUUGGGUACACAAUGCCGGAUGACUUUGCGGAGGAGAAGAAUAGCACACCUGCCAUCAUGGGCUUUAUUCUGGCCAAUGAGAGCAGGGAUAUGUGUGACAUGUCUAAAGAGGAAAGGAAGAAUGCCUUAUGUAAACAUUAUGCCAAGCUGUUCAGGUGUGACAAGUUCCUGGAACCAAUCUACUAUGUAGAGAAGAAUUGGAUGGAGGAAGAAUUCUCUGGGGGCUGCUACGUUAGCUCAAUGCCUCCUGGGGUCCUCACAAAAUAUGGCAAAUAUUUGAGGGAACCUGUAGGAAAAGUGUAUUUCGCAGGCACAGAAACGGCAACAUAUCACAGUGGUUACAUGGAGGGUGCUGUCCAAUCAGGAGAGAGAGCUGCGAGAGAGAUCCUCCAUGUAUUGGGCAAGAUCUCUAGUGAUGAGAUAUGGCAAGAUGAGCCUUAUCCUGGUGUCAUACC